AUGGGCUUACGUCCCUUGCACGACCGCAUUCUGGUUCAGCGGUUGGAGGAAGAAGAAGAAGAGGUCCAGGGCGGCAUCAUCAUCCCGGACACCGCGAAGGAGAAACCGCAGCAGGCCAAGGUUCUGGCCGCCGGUCCCGGUCGCGUCUCCGACGAUGGCAAGGUGCAGGCCAUGGACGUCAAAGAGGGUGACAAGGUCAUCUUCGGCAAGUACGCCGGCACGGAAGUGAAGCUUGACGGUGAAGAGUAUUUGAUCAUUCGUGAAGACGACGUCUUAGGCGUUUUGGAAUAG